GUUCCAAAAGUCAUUUUCUGGAUUGAAGGCAAACACAAGAGAACAAACUUCACAUCCGUGCAGCUCUGUUUGUCAAUGUCCUUCAAACCUCUGUCACCAUGGACAUCGGUACAUUUUUACUGCUAAUUCCUCUGCUGUCUCUCCAAUCUCUGCAUGUGCAUGGGGAAGAUUAUCUGCUGAUGCCCGUUGAGCUUGCUCCCAUCCCCUGUAAUGACAAAGCGGUGGAGAAACUCUCUCGCCUGGCUGCCACCUACAUCAACGAGGAUCGAACCGAGGGCUACAAGUUUGCCCUGAAUCGAAUUGCAAAUGUCCACCUGCAUGCUCAGGGACCUGCAGGAAAUGUCUAUUAUCUGGACCUGGAUGUCCUGGAGACCAAGUGUCAUGUAGGCAGCCCAAAGCCAUGGAAACGUUGUGACGUCAGACCAUUCAUGGAAACGCAAAUCUCUGGCACCUGUAACACCACCAUUCUGCACACCCCGGAGGGCUAUUCCUACCUGUACAGCUACGACUGCGCUCUGGUCCCAGAUCAGCCGGAGAAGCUCCAGCAGACCUGUCCGACCUGCCCCCUCCUGCUUCCCAAUGACCAUCCCGAGGCCAUGAAUGCUGCCGGCCUCACUCUGGUGUCCUACAAGAGGAAGUCCGCUCUGGGUGCAGGACUUGGAGUGAAAAAGGUCACCCGAGCUGCAGCACAGGAUGUGCCAACAAAAGCCAUCUUUGUGGAGUACACAGUCCAAGAGUGUCCAGAGGGAAUUACAGAGAGAGGAACCUGCCAACGGCUGAGUCUCAAAUCAGACACGGAGAGUACAGGUUUCUGUACGGGAUCAGUGCGUGGAGACUUGAACAAACAUCCUGAUGUCCGGGUGUCCUGUGAGAUGUUUAAAAUACAGAACGUUGACAUGGUCCGACCAGUGCAGCCACAGGUUCACGACCUUCCUCCAGACCCUGAGAUCUCAACCGUUCUACCUCUGCCUGAUGACCCAGAAUAUGAUCCGCAGCCUGUUCCUUCUGACCCGCUGGCCCCCACUGUUGCUCAGCCAGCACCGUUUGACCCGACAGCUGCACCCUCUGGUCCCUCAGAAACCUCGAUUGUGGUGAACUCCUCUAACCCUCUCGGCUCUUCUUCCAGCGAGUCUGCUGAGGAUCUGGUGAACGUGAAACCCGGCACUGUCGACACAGGGGUUUCUGCGUCGUCCUCUGAAGAAGCUGGAGGUCCUGUGGCUCUGCGCCCACCCUUCAGCUUCCGCUACCAGAGGCGUGAUCGUAAGAAACGGCAGGCCUUGAUGGAGACCUCUCCAACUCACAACCCCGUAUUCUUGUCUGAUUUUCCCAGUGGGCCAUCUCCUUUCCGAUCCUGUCCUGGUCCGGCUCGAUAUGCCACAGUUUAAUCCAUCUUCUGAUAUCUGAAUUACCUGUUGAGAGCCUGGACAGAUAAACUGCUCUGCUAGCUGCCACUGGAGGCUUGGAUUAAUUGGUGUUAAUGAGAGGAGUGCUGUCUUCAUCCCUGACCCUAAGAGACAGAGACAGACAACUCAAAUGUGUAUUUAAUGAUUUAAAUAU